AUGCCCUACAUCAAAUCUGAGCCAGAUGAAUUCGACACCCUGUCUAAUGGGUACAACAACUUCGAUUCCAACCACGAUUUUGCUGGGUUUCAACAGACUUUCAGCGGUGGUAUCGACCCUUCGGAACUAUCAAUGGGCAAUGGCAGUUUCAACCAGGGUUACAAUUAUGGUGGGCAGAACAUGAGCGGAAGUUUUAUGACGGGUGGUUCGGGCUUCAUUAAUGAUGACGAGCUACUCGAUGGUAUCGCCCCUGACUAUACAGGUCUGCAAAGCAACGGAGUGCGGGGCAUCAGCAACAACCAGGGACAGAUGAACGGGGUGUACUCCCAUACGCCGGACGGUGCGCCGAUUCAAAGUCCUUUUGUCGGUGGCUUCGAUUACAGCCAAUUUCGGCCGAUGAAUUCGAUUAUGCCACAACAUAUGUCACCACACCAAGGUACUUCCUUUCUUAACAAGCGACCGAGCAUGCAAGCACAAGGCCGGAAGUCUUCCGCCGAGCAAAGACACUCGAUGACUCCAAGAACGCCUGCCAUGGCUGGCCUACAUAUCGGCACACCAGAAUCGAACGGCAUACAGAACGGUCGCGCGAUCAGAGCACCGAAUGGCAGUAGUCGUCAUCAGAAGACCAUGUCAGGUCAAUUUGAUAGUACUCCGGGCAGUGGUCAUUCUCUUCUCGAUUCUCCUCUGUCGUCUCCGAGCAAUCUCGCUCAUCAUGCAGGUAUCUCCGAAACCAUUCAUAACAAACACGCGUCACUGCCCAAUAAGGUUGAGGGAACUCACAGCGCAGAAUCGCAAGAGGCCAAGAAGCGAAGACGGCGAGCGUCGCACAAUGCUGUCGAGCGCCGAAGGAGGGACAACAUCAAUGAGCGAAUACAUGACCUGUCCCAGCUUGUCCCAGGUCAUCGACUUGAUGAUGAUAGGGUCAAGAAACAACUCGCCAGCAACGGUCCGCUCUCCCCAACAAUGGGCCCUACCAGCAUGAGCCCGCCUAAUGCUGCAACAUCCCUCCUCGCUGGUGCUAGUGGCCGUCGUGCUGCGAGCACUGCGGGCAAUAUUACACUUGGUCUGCCCAUCGAGGAGAAGGAGAAGGGUCCCAACAAGGGUGAUAUCCUGAACGGCUCGGUGGCCUGGACCAGAGACCUCAUGUGGGCGCUCUACAACAAGUACAUUCAGGAGGAGGAGCUCGCCAAUUACAUCACACAACUCGGCGGUCAAUGGCCGUUCCAGGUAUCCGAGGAUGACAAGCGUAUGCGUACUGAGGUCAUGGAUGCUGUCGAGAGAAACGAUCCCAGCAGCUUCUCCUACUCCCGAUAUGACGGCAGUGGGCUUCGAGUACCAAAGCAUACUACAAUAGGCGGAGACCGUAUCCAGCAUAACAGCGGCAAUAGCUUGAGCCCACAGAGUAACCUGGAGCUGUCUCCGGGCUUUCACAGUGGAGGCAGCGGUACCAACAGUGGUAACAACCCUGUCCAACCUCAAUUCUGGCACUCUGCUGGUCAUGCUGGUAUGAGCUUCAAGGAGGAAGACGAACUCAUGGAGCUUAACUCGUGA